AUGCCCAUCGAUAUUGAGACUAUCAAGCCGGGAGAUGGCAAGACCUUCCCCCAAAACAGGCAACGAGUCACCUGCCACUACGUCCUCACCCUCGAAAAUGGAAAGCAAGUGGACAGCUCUCGAGACCACGGAAAGCCAUUCGAGUUCAUGAUUGGAAGAGGAGAGGUGAUUAAAGGCUGGGACCAAGGAGUCGCCAAGAUGAGCCUCGGACAACGUGCCAUCCUUACGAUAUCGCCCGAUCUCGGAUACGGAGCAAAGGGAGUUGGUGACAGUAUCCCUGGAGACAGCACCCUCAUCUUCGACGUCGAAAUUUUGGGCAUAAAG